AUGGACAAUAGUAGAACUUAUACUAACAACUGGCCAUCACUUUUUUGGCCACCUUUUAGUCAAGGAGGAUAUGCUCUGGUUUUAGAAUCUCCAGAUGUCUGGCGUUUUACAGUUAUAUGGACACUUAUAUUCUAUGCUGUGAUAUAUGGAGCGGCAGGUUUAUGGGCUUGGGCGGUAUUUUACCGAUCGCGGUGGUCUUUUAUGUUGCCUAUAAUAUUUGUAGCGGUUGCCUUGUUAACGGGACUCGUUGGCGGAACAAUAGUUGGUUAUGCGCUUAAAUUUUUUUAUCAGGCCGGAGAGUUCAAUAUGUCAACAUGGGUUCCUUUUUUGUGGGGAUUAACUCAAGCGUUGGUUGCAGUGAUGGGUUCUUAUUCUACAGUAACAACCAUUCUCUGA